GUCAAUAUUAUGACAUUACCGAGCUGCCACACGUUUUCAGGUUUUGGCACGUUUUUAGUUGUGCAGGGGAUGUUUUAAUUUUACAUGGAGCCUUCCAUUUGAGUGCAAUGAAAGACCACACAGAAAAAGUUGCACUACCAGCAUACGACAACCUAGCAUUUCAUAUUGGAUUGGGGUGUUUACUCGGUUGGAUCAGCAUAUUGCGUUUUUUAAAGAUACAUGUCAAGUUCUCUCUACUGUUCCACAUUUUGCAUAAUUCGUUUUGGAGCGUUUUUGCAUUUCUUGUUUGUGCAGCAGUGCUCUUUGUCGGAUUUUUCACCUGUGCAUACGUCUCACUCGGCGUAUACCAUGAAAAGUUUGCAACUCAGGAAUUAUCAGCAGAGACUUUAUUCUCACUGAUAAACGGCGAUGAUGUCUUCAAUACAUUUGCUAAUCUAAACGACAAACUUGCAGGUGAUCCAGGAACAGUAAAACUAUACAGAAACAUAAUUGUAUACAGCUUUGUUAUUUUGUUCUCAAUCAUCAUGCUGAAUUUGAUCAUUGCGUUGUUCAACAGUGCGUAUGAAAAUGUCAUUCAGUACUUUUUGUCCCUCACAUCUCUGGCAUAA